AUGCUUUUGAAAGACUCUUAUCUGACAAGUUCUCUGGUUGCUUUGCCGCGGCUGAGUAGACCCCCGGACGCGCCCGGACGCGCCCCGGCCGACAAAAAGCCGAAGGAAGGAGUCAAGACCGAAAACAACGACCACAUUAAUUUGAAGGUGGCAGGGCAGGAUGGUUCAGUGGUGCAAUUUACGAUCAAGAGGCACACACCACUUAGUAAACUAAUGAAAGCCUAUUGUGAACGACAGGACACACCUGCACAGUUGGAAAUGGAGGAUGAAGAUACCAUUGAUGUAUUCCAGCAACAGACAGGUGGUGUUUACUAA